GGAUGACUCUAUAAAUUCCUGCUCGCAAUAAUGACCUGAUGCAACAAACAAUUGUAGCUGCUGGUUCUUUCUUUACAUCAAGCAAUGACUUAUCUUAAGCUCACUCCUUUAGCAGUGUUCUUUCUCGCUACAUUGAUCAUUCUCCCGAUGAAAAAAGUAGAAGCAAGCCGUUGUCUUAUGGCUCUUUGUUCAGCGACGUCCCAAACAUGCGGUGAAGGUUGUUUUUGUUUCCCCACUGAUCCAUGGCAGGGUAUAUAUGAUUGCCAACCUGCAUCAUAUAAAGAUCUAGUGAAGAUAUCUGGGAAAAACCCUAACUUUUGUCAGUCUCAUGUCGAAUGUAAAGAGAAGGGAAGUGGGAGCUUCUGCGCUCGUUAUCCUAGCCCUAAUGUUGAUUAUGGUUUGUGUGUUGCCUCUUUAUCUGAGGGAGAAGAUUUCUUCAAGAUUGCCUCUAAAUUAACAGUCGCAAAAGACUUCUUGACGAUGCUUGAGAUAGCUUGAUAUUGUUAUGUCCAUAAAAUCUACAUCGAUGCAUCAUCUACUUUAAAUAAAUAUCUUCAUUUCCAAUCGAUGAGUUGGAUUUCUUAGAUAUAAUAACUGAUGCAUGUAAAUGGGUGUGGAACUUCAAUAUAUGUUUAUGUUGUUACAUUCCUAGUAAUAUUAUGAAUCAUCCAUUACUCGAUCCCUAAUUCUUUCGAUAUA